UUCUUCUCCUCAACAUUUCUUUUUUUUUUCAUUUCUCAUUUGCCUCCAAUUUUUAUUAAUCAACUAGUCAAUGUGCCAACAUUUUUACUUCUUUUUUUAUUAUUAUUUUCUUUUUACUUAUUUUUCUGCCAGAAACAGCAAUUCAAUAAAAAUAUAUUUCCAAAAAAAAUAUUUUCAAUCAAUUUAUUUAAAAAACAAUUAUUUUUUUAUUUUAUUCACUUGAAUUGCUGUCUCAAUCAAAUCAUUUCGGAAAUACAAUUUUUAAAGAGAAUUAGAAUCCGUCCAAGCGAAUAGAGAAAGAGCAGCAUUAAAUGCCGAUUGCACUGAUAGCGCCGAUGGGGCAGAAGAGUAAAUAAAUAAACUACAUUAAAUUUGAGGAAGACGAGAAGGGGUUAAAAGAGGGGAAGAAACGCUGCCGGAUGGGGACGAAUUGAAAAAAAAUACAAAUAGAAAAACGUAGCGGAAGCAAAACAUUCACGCGGAAGGGAAAAAUCAUUCCGGCACAUUGGGAGCGGAAAAUAGGCUUAAAAUAAAUAUUUUAAAAGAAUGGGGAUAGUUUUAAAAGAGAGAAGGGAAGGGAAGGGAAGGGAGGAGGCUAAAAAGACAAAUUUUGCGCCUGAUUAAUCGCUUUUUAGUUUAGGACACGUUAUUUUUUGUGUUUUUGCUAAGUUUUUCUUGGUUGAAAGCACCACAAUCCACUCCGGUCGGGCAUUUAAGGGUUAUUAUAGUAUAAAGGAUUUAAAGGAAGUAAAAAUAAAUAAAUUCUUUAUCUUUUUAGUGAAGAUAAGGGAAAAAAGAAAAGAAGAAUUUUAAGAAGAAGGCUUUAUGGAUGGUUGGCUGGUUGCUGUUUUGUUGAAGAAAAAAGGACGUCAACAACGAUAGAAUCAACAGCCGACCGUUCAUUUAGGUGGAAUGGCUCGUAAAAAUUGUUAGGCGAAGCGGAUGGCAAGGCGGACACAAGGAGGCGGGCAUUGAGUCGAAAAAGGUAUACUAAGCCUGUGAUAAUUGAAAAUGGAAAAAGACAACGGUUGGUUUUAGUUGGUUGUUGUUUUGGAGGCGGACGUAUAUGGAAAGGAAAGAAUGUUUGGAUAAAAUAAGAAAAGAGUUUGUGUUGAAAUGAGAGACAAAAGAUGGAGGGAGAGAAAGAAUUGUCAAUUACUACG